UUGAUCUCUCCGUUUCCCGCCGGUUUGCCAGAGAGAACGAUGCAGCAGUUGCUCAGAGCGUUGGCCGCGGCCUCGGCCUUGUUCGCCUCCGGAAGCGCGCGCGCUUCGCCGGGGACGGCAGGCGCGGCGGCGGUGGGUGCGGGCGGCAGCAGGAAGAAUGCUUGGACGCAGAGGCGCGAGCCAAAGGUUGAGCUGGACGAUGCGCGGCCGCCGCCGCCGCCGCUGCCGCGCUCGGCCGUCUCGCGGGCGACGAGCGGGCUAUCGUCGUGCCUGGGCCUGAGGGGGGGGGGCAACGAUAAGGGGAAGGCGGACGCCAUCGACGGCCCGUGCAUCGGCAUCGACUUGGGCACGACGUACAGGUGUGCGUUUUUGUCGUCUCCUGCUGUAGUGUAA